AUGAUUCUAGACGCUCUUCGUCUUCGUUCCACGACAUCCUCGCCGUCUGCUGAACAAAACCAUCCCUCCCGACGAAAACAGGAACAACACAAUACAUGCAAAGAGAAGGAUAAAACCAAGAACUACCUCCUCAAAAUCAAAGACCUCCCUCCCUGGGCAGACCCAAACCCUCACAUCCUAACCUCCUACCGCCCCUCCAGUAACAAUAUCCUCACCUCCCUCGCUAGCAUCUUCUCCCAUCACAACGAAACAGCCAACAUCCACACGCACCUCGUCCCCGCCGUCCUCCUCAUCCUCCUACUAACGCACUCCACCCUCUACACCUACCUGGUCACCAAGUACGGCGACAGACUAACCCCCUUCGACUGGGGCAUCAUCGUCACGCAGCUGCUCACCGCAACAGGCUGCCUCCUCGCCUCAACCCUCUACCACACGCUUCUCAACCACUCCGAGCGGGUAGCAGAAGUAUGGCUGGCAGUCGACUACGUAGGGAUCAUCGCGCUCACGAUGGGUGACUUCGUGAGCGGGUUGCACUUUGGGUUCUACUGUUUUCCGCGUAUAAAGUUCUUUUAUUGGGGGCUUAUCGCAGUUCUGUCGAUUUUAUCGGGCAUCGUACUGCUGAGCCCGAGAUAUAAAAGCGAAGACCACCGUCUGAUCAGAGUGGGUGUCCUCGUCGCGACUGGGCUGUCGGCGUUUGCGCCCAUCGGACACGCGUGGAUACGUUGGGGAACGGCGUACGUGAUGGGCAUUGGGGUGGGAUGGUAUCUCCUCGAGGGAGCCUGUCUCAUCCUUGGCUGUUGGCUAUGGAUUACGCGGUUCCCAGAAUGCCUUUACCCCGGCCGGUUCGAUCUAUGGGGUGGAUCUCACGCGCUGUGGCAUGUUUUUGUGGUGUUAUCCAUUGCAGCGCACGUCGCUGGCUUGUUGAAGGGCGUGGAGUUUAGUUACCACGGGUUGUGUGCUCACUGAUUUGGUGUUAUAUUUGGGGAUGAGGUGUGUUAGCAUGUCUUAUCUUGACAUUCGACCAAAACCAAUUGGCGAUUGGUAGGCUUUUAAUAUCCAGCGAUAUGGACAG